GGCACGGCGGUGACGAUGAUCGUCCGGUGGCCAAAAAUGGUGCGUCCUGCCAGUGGUUUGUUGCUGUGCGUGUUGCUGUUGUUUGCUGUUUGGUUCGAUCUAUCCGACGGUUGGCGUUAUGAUAGAGUGCCUAGACUGUAUGGAGACAAGGUGCCGACGAAGGCAAUUUCGCCGCGAUUGCGCAAAGUUCAGCGACGGAUCGUGAUGCUGCACGAUUCGUACCGCACCAAGGUGAUACCACCGGCCGCGAAUAUGCUAAACAUGAAAUGGCACCAUGGAGCGGCCCGUUCGGCACAGAAAUGGGCAAAUCAGUGCCGUGUCUUGACGCACGAUACACCGAAGGGACGAUGGAUCGACAACUUUGGUGCCUGCGGGCAGAACAUCUUCGUGUCGACGCAUCGCGUCCCGUGGAUGUUCGCGUUGCGGACGUGGUUUUUGGAGCGGCAAAACUUUACGUACGGUUCGAGCAGAAACGUUCUCGACAUCGUCGGCCACUACACGCAGAUGGUGUGGGCCGCCACGCACAAGGUCGGCUGCGGGUUGACGAAGUGUCCGAAGGGUGGUCCGCGAGGGAAACCGUUCUACAACUACGUCUGCAACUACUGUCCGAUCGGAAAUCAUGAGGAGAAAUUGGGCAUACCGUACAAACGUGGACGGCCCUGUGGUUCCUGCCAGCCAAACUGCCUGUCCCGUAAAAUAAGACUCUGCACCAACUCGUGCAAUACCGCCGACUUGUGGGCGAACUGUCGCGAUCUGUACCGUACGUGGCCCGGCUGGCUGUGCAAUACGGCCACGUCGGAGGGUUUGGAACGCCAGCGGAACUGUGCGGCUACCUGCACCUGUCAUGGGAAGAUACACGACUGA